AAAAUUUAGUGUUCUAAAAAUAUAUAAUUUUGAGCGGGAAAAUAAAACGACGAAUGACCAUUCUCUAUGCGGAAGUGAUUCAAGGGCGGGGCCUACAGUUUCAAAGCAUACAAUUGGUAGAUUUGCUUGCCUACUGGUCUCCUUUAUGACCAAUGAAAUCAGCUUCACACAUUCAUUGCGCCAAUGCACAUAUCAUAAAAGGCUGGUUGCUCCUUCGAAAAUUUACAUAAGGGCCUGAUAAAUAGCCAGCGUUUCGGCGUUAAACCUAUUCAGUUCUGCACCGAACAAAUAUGCCUGAACCAGCAAAGACCGCACCCAAGAAAGGCUCCAAGAAAGCGGUAACUAAAACCGCCGGCAAAGGAGGAAAGAAGCGCAAGAGGACCAGGAAGGAGAGCUAUGCAAUCUACGUGUACAAAGUGCUGAAGCAGGUCCAUCCUGACACCGGAAUCUCUUCUAAAGCGAUGGGCAUCAUGAAUUCUUUCGUCAACGACAUCUUUGAGCGCAUCGCCGGUGAGGCGUCUCGUCUCGCUCACUACAACAAGCGCUCCACCAUCACAUCCAGAGAGAUCCAGACCGCAGUGCGACUACUGCUGCCCGGGGAGCUGGCCAAACACGCCGUGUCUGAGGGCACCAAGGCCGUUACCAAGUACACUAGCUCCAAGUAAAGCGCUGAGUCAACUUCUGCAACUCAAAGGCUCUUUUAAGAGCCACCCAUAUUUUCAUCUAAAGAGCUUUUUAUUUGAUUAGUGGGUUAAUAACCGUCAUUUCCAAUAAGGUCUCCGCUCCGUGUAUGCCUAGUGCAAAAGUGGCCAAUCCUCUUCCCGGAGAACUACCAUCCUGCAGAUUUCAAUAGCAACCCAUAUCAAACACGUCUGCUUGACGUCCGUCCUGCCUGCGUUCAGCUCCUAAUUAAUUGGUUCAGGUCUGUUUGAAAUGGGUAGCAACUGAAAUUUGCAGGAAGGUGGUUCUCCAAAAGGGUUGGCCACCCCUGGCCUAGAGGCACAUCUCCAGGGUUGUUUGUUUGUCUCCCCCUCUCUUAGUUGACUUGCAUUUA